UCAGGGACGCGGAAGGAAGCGUGUAGAGGGCAAGAAAUCGUCGGAUGCAGGGAAAAGUGAGGAGACAUCAGAAGGAGGGGUGGUCUCAACAAGUGACGAGAUGAUCGAGUGUGGACGCAAGUUGGAAGUUAAACGAGAAAGCGCAGAGAAUAAUGUUGAAGAGAGACGCCUUGAGAAGAGUCUAAAACUGAUCCAAAGGACUGAUUCGAGAGCUCAGCAAGGGGUCUCUACGGCAUAUUCAGAUGACGAUGAUGUUAGUAGUGUCACGUCGUCGUCUUUUAACAAUAACACUAGUGAUGACCAAAGAACUACGAGCUGCAGAUAA